UUUGUCUAUGAUUUUGACAAUUGCCAAAUCAGCCAGCCUCUCCCGUGUCUUGUCUGGUGAAAAUUAUUGUAAAACUUCAAUAACAACCAAUUCCUGAAUGAAUACGUAGUGAAACCGUAGCAUAUUGCAUAUGUGGCUAGACUCGAGUUGCUGUAUGCAGACUUGAUCGGCGAAAUGGCCACGUAUGAGGAGUUUAUCCAGCAAAAUGAAGAUAGGGACGGGAUACGGUUUACAUGGAACGUGUGGCCUUCGAGUAGAAUCGAGGCUACAAGGCUGGUGGUGCCGCUCGCUUGUUUGUACCAGCCGCUGAAGGAACGACCAGACUUGCCGCCGAUUCAGUAUGAACCGGUGCUGUGUACCCGGAAUACAUGCAGGGCUAUCUUGAACCCAAUGUGCCAGGUGGACUACAGGGCCAAAUUAUGGGUCUGCAACUUCUGCUUCCAGAGGAACCCAUUUCCGCCUCAAUAUUCUGCAAUAUCGGAACAGCAUCAGCCCGCAGAGCUGAUCCCCAACUUCUCCACCAUCGAGUACACAAUCACCCGAGCGCAGACCAUGCCACCGAUUUUCCUACUGGUGGUCGACACCUGUUUGGAUGAGGAGGAAUUAGGAGCUCUGAAGGAUUCACUUCAGACAUCACUGAGUCUUAUGCCUCAAAAUGCAUUGGUUGGACUCAUUACUUUUGGAUGUAUGGUGCAAAUACAUGAGCUAGGUACAGAAGGCAUAUCAAAAUGCUACGUCUUCAAAGGCACCAAAGACUUGUCAGCCAAACAAAUCCAGGAGCAGCUAGCUAUCGGCCGCGUCAACGCUCCCAAUCCUCAGCAAAGAGCCGGCGCUCCCGCCCCGCAGCCCCCGGCACACCGCUUCCUACAACCCGUCAAGACUUGCGACAUGGCAUUGACUGAUCUUCUUGGAGAGCUAGGACGUGACCCAUGGCCUCUAGGUGUAGGAAAGAGACCCCUUCGUAGCAGCGGUGUGGCUCUCUCCCUAGCCGUCGGUCUUUUGGAAGUAACUUACCCAAACACUGGUGGAAGAAUCAUGCUGUUCCUUGGUGGACCGUGCUCUCAAGGCCCCGGUCAGGUUGUCAACGAUGAACUGAAGCAGCCCAUCCGAUCCCACCACGAUAUUCAUAAGGACAAUGCCAAGUAUAUGAAGAAGGCUAUCAAACAUUACGAGGCGCUGUCUCUGAGGGCGGCGACGAAUGGCCACUCUAUUGAUAUUUACUCGUGCGCCUUGGAUCAAACUGGACUUAUGGAGAUGAAGCAGUGUUGUAAUUCAACCGGCGGUCACAUGGUAAUGGGAGACUCAUUCAAUUCCUCGCUGUUCAAGCAGACAUUCCAAAGAGUCUUUGCCAAGGACCAGAGACAAGACUACAAGAUGGCGUUCAACGGAACUUUGGAGGUCAAAUGUAGCAGGGAACUCAAAAUAUCGGGCGCCAUCGGAUCCUGCGUAUCUCUGAACGUGAAGGGUCCGUGCGUGUCAGACCAGGAGGUGGGCAUGGGCAACACGUGCCAGUGGAAGAUGUGUACCUUCAGCCCCAGUACUACCAUGGCGAUAUUCUUUGAGGUAGUGAACCAGCACGCGGCGGUGCCGCAGGGCGGGCGCGGCUGCGUGCAGUUCAUCUCGCAGUACCAGCACUCCAGCGGACAGCGCCGCGUCCGCGUCACUACUGUCGCGCGCAAUUGGGGAGACGCAGCCGUAAGCCUGCACCACAUCUCGGCCGGGUUCGACCAGGAGGCGGCGGCGGUGGUGAUGGCGCGGCUGGUGGUGUACCGCGCGGAGCUGGAGGACGGGCCCGACGUGCUGCGCUGGCUCGACAGAAUGCUCAUACGACUGUGCCAGAAAUUCGGCGAGUACGGCAAGGACGACCCGAACAGCUUCCGUCUGUCGGAGAACUUCAGCCUGUACCCGCAGUUCAUGUACCAUCUGCGUCGCUCACAGUUCCUGCAGGUGUUCAACAACUCGCCUGAUGAAACUACGUUCUAUAGACACAUGUUAAUGCGCGAGGAUCUAACGCAGUCGCUGAUCAUGAUCCAGCCGAUCCUGUACUCGUACAGUUUCGGCGGGCCGCCCGAGCCCGUGCUCCUCGACACCUCCUCCAUACAGCCGGACCGCAUACUCCUCAUGGAUACGUUCUUCCAGAUUCUUAUUUAUCAUGGGGAGACCAUAGCCCAAUGGCGUGCCCUCCGCUACCAAGACAUGGCGGAGUACGAGAGCUUCGCGCAGCUGUUACGCGCUCCCGUGGACGACGCGCAGGAGAUACUGCAGAGCCGCUUCCCCGUGCCGCGAUACAUCGACACCGAGCACGGCGGCUCGCAGGCGCGGUUCCUUCUGUCGAAGGUCAACCCUUCACAGACGCACAACAACAUGUACGCGUACGGAGGGGCGAUGCCGAUUCCAUCAGCGGACGGUGGCGCCCCCGUGCUGACAGACGACGUGUCGUUACAAGUGUUCAUGGAACAUCUGAAAAAACUCGCCGUGUCGUCCACAGCUUAACAAAACAAUAUGGGCCAACACAACUUUCAGAACUGACCUAUUGGAAAAAAUAUAGCCACGAAAACAAAUAUCUUUAUGUAUUCGUAUUAAACUUAUUUACCUAUGUAGUAUUUGAAGGCUAAAACUGGAUAGUAAUUUAGUAGGAAAAUGGAUUGCUUGAUGAUAGAAUAUUUGUCAUUAUUUUCACCAUCAGUAUUACAUCGUGGAAUUAGGUAAAUUCGGGCAUUUAAUAAUCUCAUGUAGCUUGGGUAUGUUCUAGUGUGUACUGGGCUCGUAUAUCUUAUGAUUUAGUAUAUAAUUAUAUAAUGUUAUUCAUUUAAACUAAGUAUACGGCCACAUACAGGUACUAAUGGUGUCAGUUCUGAAUUUGUAUAAGUAUCGUGUGUGAUGUUCCAAAUUGUUUUUGCAAUAAGUUAAAUUUUCUACAAUACAAUGUAAAUUAUAUGAAAUUAAAAUGUUUAUGAAAUAAUA